GUCACUUCCGUCCCGAGUUCAUCCGCCCGCCGCCACCUCUCCACGUGUGCGAGGACGAGCUGGCCUGGCUGAACCCCACCGAGCCGGACCACAGCAUUCAGUGGGACCGCUCUAUGUGUGUGAAGAACAGCACCGGCAUGGAGAUCAAACGCAUCAUGUCCAAGGCCUUCAAGAGCCCACUGUCCGCCCAGCAGCAGUCUCAGGUGGGUCGCUGCCUCGCCACGUCACAUGACAGCAUUAUUUCAUUCAGACAGCAGCUGAGAGGACACACCCCUGAGUUUGAGUUCCUGUGUGU